AUGGGCAGCCCGGCAGCCGAAGCCUUGGCCUCCUCCAAUGCCGUUGACCGGCCGGCCUUGGGACCAGGGCCAGCCAACUCCCGGUUGCCGCUGGACGCCCGUGUGAAGCGCUCUGAGCCUCACCAGUGGGCCCGAGGUCCAGCAACAAAAAAAACCCGGACAUCAUCCACAGCGUCCCGGCGCAAAACUGUUGCGGGAAGCGGUCUGUCGCCGCUCCGUUGGAUCCGUCCCCAAAGCUGCGUCCCAAAAUGA